AUGGCGUUGCGUUUCUGCAGCUUCAACGUGCUGGCGCCCUCGGCGCGGAUUUGCGCGCCGUUGAAUCGAAGACCCUGGCAGGAGUGGUUACCGUUGCCGUUGGGCGGGGAGGAGCGCCACGCCGCCAUUUGCGAUUGCUUGCUGCAGCUGGAGGCAGACGUGAUUUGCCUGCAGGAGUUUGACUUCGCAGCUGGAACGCACGGAUUCGCGGAGUUGUAUCAGACACCCGGCUUUUCUGAAGGGAAGAAGUUGGGUGAAGUAUACGAGCUGCACAUGAAGCAAAGAACGGGCGACAAAAACGAAGGCUUGGCGAUGCUGAUCCGACGCAGUGCCUUCAAAGAUAUAGAGGUUUUGUGUGAAGAAUUGGAACCCGAUUUUUGUGAUCGAGUCGCCAUGUAUGCCAAGCUCACACAUGUGGACAGUGGCUGCAGGAUACUGGUGGCCAAUACCCACUUGACCGUUGCGCAUGCUGACAAUAGCCAUGACAUUCCAUUUUGUCGUCCUCGGCAGAUGGAACAGGUACUUCAUCGGCUUCUCGCUGCGCAAUGCUGUGACGCUGUGUUUCUAUGUGCAGACAUUAAUUCAGACCACUUGGAGCGGGAACCAUCCGGCCCCUAUCCGCCUGAGAUGGUGAACCGUCCCGUGACCAUGGCCUUCGAACAAGGCUUCGCUUCCGCCUUGCAUGCCAGGCAUCCAGGAGUGAGACCCAUCUCCCACACCUGCAGCUACGCGCAAGAUGGCUGUGCUGACUAUGUGCUCUUCAGGGGACACUCCGGACUGCAACUGCACGAGGCGUUUCUACAUCCAAACGAUUUGCCGUUGGAUGUGCCAUGGAGUAGCAGCACUGGCUGGGGAGACGAUGCUCAAGCGACGCUCUCGGAUCAUCGGCCAUUGGUGGUGGACUUUAGCAUUGCCUUGCAAGAAUUGCUGGGUGCGGGCGCCCCUCCGGCGCCGCUGCUCAAGGCGCAAGGUGAAGAAGAGAAGGAGGACGGAAAGCAGCUGAAAGAAGCGUUGCAGCAGCGAAAUGAAGAGAUUCAGGAAGCGCUGCAGGCAGGGGAGGCGGUGUCUUCCAUUGAGGCACGUUUGCGUCCCAAGACCUUCGUGUUUAACUUCCAUGAUGGGAUCGCAGGAGCGGCUCAACCGGAGAAAAUGAAGAAACAACUGGAGGACUUGCGCGACAUCGUGACCUUUAUCCUCCACACGGCCAAGAGUCCCCACGACCAGGCCGUGGUGCGAAUCGGCUCCCCUGGUGGCAGGGUGACAGACUAUGGCUUCGCAGCUGCACAGCUAUUGCGACUGCGAUCCAAGGGGCUGACCCUCACAGCGUGUGUCGAUAAGGUGGCUGCCUCUGGAGGCUACAUGAUGGCAUGUGCUGCCAACAGCGUGGUGGCCACGCCCUUUUCCUUGGUUGGCUCCAUAGGUGUGCUGACUUCCACCCCCAACUUCUCGAAAGUCUUGAAGAGGCACGAGAUCGACUGGAUCCAGAUCACCGCGGGAAAGUGGAAACGCACCGUGGAUCCCUUGAGCGAAAUCACCGAGGAACAACGCGCCAAGGCUCAGGAGGACGUGCAGGCAAUUCACGACGCCUUUAAAGGCAUGGUGCAACAACAGAGGAACAGCCUGGAUGUGGAUGAGGUCGCCACGGGCGAAGUCUUCCUGGGUGCUGAGGCGAUGCAACGUGGUUUGGUGGAUCGCCUGGCCACCAGCGAUGAGGUCUUAGAGGAGUUCAUGAAGCUCUCCGACGUGAUCCAGGUCUCUAUUGCACCGAAAAAGAAGGGACCAUUGCGUGAGUUGUUGGAAGGCCGGGUCGAAGCAGCUGAAGGUGCCGUCGCAUCACUGUGGCAGCGUUUCACCGGUAGCAGCGCCGUCUUGGAAUCCUCAGACCCAAAGAUCAACUGACGCGGCAGUCGGGCAGUCGAAUCGCCUUUCUAAAGGCC